AGUAAGAAGAAAGCACCUUCGAUGCGCGCACAUCCUUCCACUGUGGCACACUCCAAGAAGCCGCACAGCACAUAGCCUACCGGCGAGGAAACCUCUGAAGAACUUUUUACACCAAUAUGGGCUCCGUGCAAGUGCUGCUGUCGGUGUUGCUCAUUUUCCACGCGUGCUGGGCACAGAAAGUGAAACGACAAAAGGAGGCAGAGUUUGUGGAUAAGUAUGGGACUUGUCUCCAGGGUCCGCCUGGGACGCAGGGGCGCGACGGCAACCCGGGAGUGAACGGCAUUCCGGGCACGCCAGGUAUCCCCGGCCGCGACGGCCUGAAAGGGGAGAAGGGCGAGUGCCAGACGGAGCGCUACGAGGAGCCCUGGAGGCCCAACUUCAAGCAGUGUGCCUGGAACUCCCUCAACUAUGGCAUCGACCUGGGCAAGAUUGCGGACUGUACCUUCACCAAGCUGCGGUCUGACAGUGCCCUGCGCGUGCUCUUCAGUGGCUCCCUACGUCUCAAGUGCAAGGCUGCGUGCUGCCAGCGCUGGUACUUCACCUUCAACGGGGCCGAGUGUGCCGGACCGCUCCCCAUCGAGUCCAUCAUCUACCUGGACCAGGGCAGCCCUGAGCUCAACUCCACCAUCAACAUACACCGCACCUCAGCAGUGGAGGGUCUGUGCGAGGGGGUGCCCGCUGGCCUGGUGGACGUGGGCAUCUGGGUGGGCACCUGUGCCGACUACCCCAAGGGGGACGCCUCCACGGGCUGGAACUCCGUCUCCAGGGUGAUCAUCGAGGAGCUCCCCAAGUGAUUACGGACGAGACCCGGGGACUAUAGCUUAGUACUCGUGUAACCCCCAUUUCCAGAGACGAUAAAAAGUAAAAGUACAAGUAAAUCCAUGGUGUAAUUACUACAACACCAGUACGUUAUUUGUUACACCAGUCAUUCCAUUGGACCUACUGAGGUAGACUGUGAAAAUGCUGUUACUGAAAAAGCCCAAAUACAUUUUUAAAAAAUCUGCCACAGAUUUGAUCAAAACAGUUCAGAAUCAGAAGAUUGUAAGAUGGGUACUGUACUCUACAGUAACUGUAGAACAGUUACUCUGUAAAGUCACCUGUGUUGGAAGGAAACGAUUGCACAUCUUAUUUUUACUUGUGCUUUUACUUUUGACACCUCUUCCCAUUUCUCUGAGGGAGAUGACUGAGACAUCUCACAAGAUUACCCAUAGUGAUAUGUCGAACGAAUCGACCAAAAGAGAACUCCACGUACAGAAAAACCCAGAGGUUUCAAACCCAGGUCCAGAAAGUAAAAAAUCUGCCAUAUCUCUGAGCCAACCCAGCUCUGAAUCAGCUGAUAGUAAGGAGUACACAAGUCAGGCCGAUUAAUCAGUAAAAUCACCUGUGUUGGAAAAAGACAGUGGCAGGCUUUUUUUCAUUUUACAUCUGAACUGAGUUUUCCACAUAUUCAUUAUGCACAGCCCAUUCUUCGAUCUCUAUCUGUUUGUGACUGUAAAGCAGGCACCAUAUUUGUCAUCCUUGGUUGUCCAUCUUUUGAAUCCAUCUCUCACUGGAGAAACAGGCCACUGUGCUCCAAACCAACCUGCAAGGUUAUAGUCCAUAGUGGCUGGUCACAAUCGCCUUUCACCCUGUAACAAGGUCAUGAACCACUGAAACAUUUCUGGGGGGAAAAUGUAAGUUAGAAAAAAAAGGCCAAGUGUUGCUUUAAAAACUGCUCAGACCAAGAGGAGAGAGCUUUUAGAACAACGGGUACCCUUUCAGCUGUAUUAUUCCUACUUUAGACAGUAGACGUGCCAUUAUCAUCAGUCAUGGAAAUCAGUUCCACCAUCUGCAUUAGUGUACCUGUGUAAUUAUAGGCCUUACAUCUAAGUAAUUGAAUCAUGCAGCAUUUUAUAAAUUAUAAACCUUUUAACCAGAUUAUAAAAUGACUCAUAGGGUUGAGCAAGAACUUGACAUACCUAAAAAAAAAAAACCCAGAGUGACAUGGACCAAUGCAGAAUGUUUUCACCUUCUGUUUCCUGGCAACAAGGGAAUAAUAAUAAUCACUCCAUUUCGUUUCGCUUCAUCGCCGUCCUUCUCAGUGGACUGUGGGAAAAGGUGCGUCUCUGUGAUGGCAGUCUUGUCCAAUCACAAAUGCCUGACCUGACCAUAGCAGGCUAUGUCAGAAUUAGAUUUCUAGAUAGUAUUUUUUAUUGUUGUUCUUUUUUUAAAAAACAAUGGCUAGUAUGGCUAGUUUGUAUUAUUGUUUUGUUUUUUAAAAGGACAAUUGUUGUGCUGCCAAAAGAUGGCGCCAAAGCUGCCAAUUCCUUUCUGCCAAAGGCUGAACUGUGUAGCAUAUGGGCUUUAUUGUAUACAGAGACAAGGGUACAAUAGUGUCUGAAGGGGGGAAAGGGCCUUGAAAGCAGCAAAUAUGGAUCUGUUUUAAACUUCAUACUCAAGCGACCAGAGUGCUCAGUGAUGGUGCAUGGUUUAGACAAGUGGUUGUAUUCUUUUUUUUCCCUUAACAAAUCUCUUUCAUGUUUGUAGGGCAUCAUUUUUGUACAAAGUAGCGAUAUAUAGUGACCGUUGAGUAGGUAGGGGGCAUGGGAUGCUUUGAAAGAGCAUUACUGUAUUGGUUAUUUGAAGUUGUCUGAGGUAUAAUAGAUAUGGGAAAUGCAAACAGUGUCCUUGGUGCUUUUCUUAGCAGUUUGUUUGAAAGACAUUUCUGUUUCUCUGCAUCUUCACUGUACUAAGAUGGACCAUUGCCCUUGACAAGACUUAACAUUACUCUGUAGCCAUUGUCAGAAUGUUAUUGUUGUAUUUUUGUGUUGCUCAGCUUUAGAAAAUAAAUCUCCUUUUUUUAC